AUGGACAUCGCGACGGGUCCCGAGUCCUUGGAGAGGUGUUUCCCGCGGGGCCCGCCGGACUGCGCCAAGAUGCUGGACGGUAUUAAAAUGGAAGACCACCCCCUGCGUUCGGGGCCGGCCACGCUGGGAGUGCUGCUGGGGUCGGAGUGCCAGCACCAGGCCGUCUGCGAGGGCUGCCAGCGGCCCAUCUCGGACCGGUUCCUGAUGCGGGUGAACGAGUCCUCCUGGCACGAGGAGUGCCUACAGUGCGCCGCUUGCCAGCAGGCGCUCACCACCAGCUGCUACUUCCGGGACCGCAAGCUCUACUGCAAGCAGGACUACCAACAGCUCUUUGCCGCCAAGUGCAGCGGCUGCAUGGAGAAGAUCGCCCCGACAGAGUUCGUGAUGCGAGCCCUGGAGUGUGUGUAUCACCUGAGCUGCUUCUGCUGCUGUGUGUGCGAGCGCCAGCUGAGGAAAGGGGAUGAGUUUGUCCUCAAGGAAGGGCAGCUGCUCUGCAAAAGUGACUAUGAGAAAGAGAAGGACUUGUUGAGCUCGGUCAGCCCAGACGACUCAGACUCAGUUAAAAGUGAUGAUGAAGAUGGAGAUGUUAAGCCCACCAAAGGCCAAGUAACCCAAGGAAAAGGAAGUGAUGAUGGGAAGGACCCAAGAAGACCUAAACGACCAAGGACAAUACUUACUACACAGCAGAGAAGAGCAUUCAAAGCAUCCUUUGAAGUGUCUUCCAAGCCCUGUAGAAAGGUCAGAGAAACACUAGCAGCUGAAACAGGGCUCAGCGUGCGAGUCGUCCAGGUCUGGUUUCAAAACCAAAGAGCAAAGAUGAAAAAGCUGGCUCGAAGGCAUCAGCAGCAGCAGGAGCAACAGAACUCGCAGCGACUAGGACAAGAAGUAAUGUCCAACCGAAUGGAAGGGAUGAUGACAUCUUACACACCACUUGCACCACCACAGCAGCAGAUUGUAGCAAUGGAGCAAAGCAGUUAUGGCACAGACCCGUUUCAGCAGGGUCUUACCCCUCCACAAAUGCCAGGCGACCACAUGAACCCCUAUGGAAAUGACUCCAUUUUUCAUGAUAUCGACAGUGAUACCUCUUUAACUAGCUUGAGCGACUGUUUUCUUGCCUCUUCUGAAGUUAACUCCAUGCAGGCUAGAGUAGGAAACCCCAUUGACAGGCUGUACUCUAUGCAGAGCUCCUAUUUCGCCUCAUGAAAAUAAGAAAACAAACAGCCGGCGUGUGUUUAGCCAGUGACUUUUCCAGUGCAGACUCUACAGCCAUAUGUUGCCCAGCUCUUCCUUCACAGUGACUCUGCUGCCUCUGGACUGCAAAGAGCAUUUUUUUAGGAAGACUGUCUCUGUUUGCAUAUAUGUGUAUGUAUGUAUAUAUACUUUAAUACCUACCUACCUACAUACAUAUAUAGAGAAACAAAACACAUCCACCCGUCCCAUACCCUUGAUUCCCAGCCUGCACCAGACCACGAGACAAGCACGGAAGGAACAGAAGAACCUGCUCGUCCUCAGCCUUUGAUUUGGUUUGGUUUGAGCUCGUCAUCUUAAAGGAAAUGGAUUUUGUGGAAAGCUAGACCUUUUCCUCCUUUCUCUCUUCCUUUCUUUUGGAUGUUUAAACUUUUUUUUUUUUUAAAGCCGCUGAUACUGACAUCAGUUGACCAUAUGACAAAUAAAUCAAAGAAACUGGAGAUUCCUCCCUUUUCUUACUGCAUGAUUCAUACUAUGUUGUGGAUAAAUUGCCAUUUGAACUGUGAGAAGUUAAUGUAAAUGUGAUGUUCAACAUUUGUUUCCUUUCUACACUUUUUCUACAUAACCUAGAUCUGCUCAUUAGUUUAUAGCCCUUAUGCAUAUGAUACUGAGGAAACUGGUUAACAGUAUUUGUGGAGAAAGCCAGUGAUUUCAGAAUAAGAAAGGUCUGUGACUCUGGAGAGGACAUGCAUGUUAGGGACAGAGACAUUUAGGUUAGCAUUGAUCUUAAAUAAUUAAAACUAAGGGUGCUUACGAGACAGUUUUAUUUAAUUUUUUUUUUAAGUGUGAGAUUAAAACAUUUACAUUUGUUUGUAAGUUUUGCAGUGCCAAAUUUCAAGCCUAGACCACAACUGGCAAACAAGUGUUUGUUCCUUCUGUUCUGUUUAUUUAUGUUUUGCAUGAGGCAUAAAUAUGCUGUGCUCUAUUGUCCAUCUGGAAUAAUUAAGCACUCCUUUAGUUAAUUAUCUUGCCUCAGCAAGAAUCGAGGAUACACAGUUCUAGCCUGAAACACCAGAAGUCCUGAAAUGUGCACCAGCUGCGAACAGGAAAGUAUGAAAGAGCUCACGCUGGGAAGUUCAGGUAUGUUGAGCUGGAGUCUGACCAAGUCCUGCAGAUCCUCCUGCUGCUGGGACUCCUGGCUGUGGCUCCAAUCACCCGGGCAGUGCCAGCGCCAGAAGAACAGGUAUGCUGAAGGAAGGGGAUGUCCCAGCUGAAGUCUGAUUGUCUCUGAUGUUGAAGUUUGAGCAUAUGUCAUAUAGAUUUUUGUAGGGCAUAAAAUAUCAUAAAUAAUAAUAGUAUAGCUAUAAAUAUUGCCUGGUGAUAAUUAUAAUGUGGAGAGGCAGACAAGUACAGUCAUGGCUCUCAGUGGAGAAAACUUCAUGGGGAAAAUUUGCCAGGGUAAUAUCAGUAAUUAUAGGGUGUGUUCAAAAUAGAGCUCACGGGGAAAGAUUGGCAGGAUAGGCACUUUCUUAAAUAAAUACCUUUAAUAUAUUGACCAUAAUAGCUGAAAAACAAGUCCAAAGCUCUGGUUAAUCUAACUCCUCCAGGCUGAGGACUGGUACCAGGCCAGUGCUGCAGUGUCCCUGUGGGGCUCAGCACCUUCUCCGGGAGCGUGGGACUCUGGGACUGCCUUGGAGGGGGAGGCCAGAGCAGGACUCCUGCAGCCUUGGCACCCAGGGCAGGAGGAGCAUUGCUGGGGGCACUGUAUCCUCGGCCUUAGGGGGGUGAUCCUGCUGGGAACCCUGCAUCACUGAUGGAGACAGGUCCUCCAGGUGUCCCGGAGGCGUGGGUAGGAAGGUAGGAUGAUGGGUCCAAGGGAAAACAUGAGAUCGUUUUCCGAUGGCAGGGUGAUGUGUACUGAGUAUGUUGGAGGUUUCUUGAGAAAGUCAAGUUUUAUCUGCAGGAUAAGCACACGGGUUCUCACUCUGGAGAGAAGGACAACACCGUGGAGGAGGCUCUGUGUGUGUGUGGUGCAGGGGCGCAGAGCACAGCCCAAGGCCAACCCUUCCGCUGCCUGCCACACACAGCCUUGCUCAGGGAAGGGACUGGUGGCUCUGUGAGGGUGCUGGGGAUGCUCCUGUCCCUGUCCCUGCAGGUUUCCAUUGCUGUUUUCCCCAGGGAGGUGGUCCAUCACAUCCAUAUGCUUUGUCUAGCGACCAUUCCCUGCUUUCUGGCAGGGAUGUGGUUUUCACUUGAGGGUUGUGAGCCCCUUGAUAUAUUUUGAAAUUGAAAGGAUCUUCUUUUCUUGUCC